AUCUAAAAUUAGGGCAACCUCGAAGCCUGAAAGCUGUUCCAUAUAAAAAGCUCCUAAUCGCCUCUAGUUUCUGUCCGUCUUCCAUUCGUGCUGAAGCUGAAAGUAAAGGCGAAGGCAAGACGUGUUACUCUGUUUCUGAUUGAACAUAAUGUACACAUCGAGGAAGAAAAUUCACAAGGAUAAGGAUGCAGAGCCCACUGAACUUGAAGAGACAGUUGCACAGUACUUAUUUGACUUGGAGAAUACCAACCAGGAUCUGAAAAGUGACUUGAAGGAUCUCUAUAUUAAUCAAGCAAUUCAAAUGGAUGUGGCCAAUAAUCGCAAGGCUGUAGUCAUCUAUGUGCCUUUCAGAUUGAGAAAAGCAUUCCACAAGAUUCAUCUCCGACUUGUGAGGGAGUUGGAGAAGAAAUUUAGCGGGAAGGAUGUUAUUAUGAUUGCCACAAGGAGGAUCGUGCGGCCACCAAAGAAGGGCUCUGCCGUUCAGCGUCCCAGGACCCGGACAUUGACUGCAGUUCAUGAUGCCAUGCUAGAGGAUGUUGUAUAUCCUGCAGAGAUUGUUGGAAAAAGGGCCAGAUAUAGAAUUGAUGGCUCAAAAAUAGUGAAGGUUUUCUUGGAUCCCAAGGAGCGCAAUAACACCGAGUACAAGCUGGAGACUUUUUCUGGAGUUUACAGGAAGCUUACUGGAAAAGAUGUAGUAUUUGAUUAUCCAGGCACAGAAGCCUGAUAAGCUUCUGGGUUUAAAGGAGGAUAGUUUUUUUUUUUUUUCAGUUUUUGUUAGAACCACACAUUGUUAAACAAUAUCCAAAAUUUUGACUUCUGGAA